AUGAAGGCAUACCGCACAAGAGACAGUCCCUUAGAAGGUAUCUUUGGCAAGGCGGGACUCCAAUACCGGAGACUGUUCGACUACAAAUCUGAAUUGGAACGGACACAUCCUAGUUCGAGUGUGCAUAUACACUACGAAAACUUCAGGGAUCUUAAAGCUGACGGCCCGAGAUUCUUGAAGUUUUACUGUUGCCUCGGGCCGUUGAAAAAUGGCUGGAUGCGUUUUUUUCGUCCAAUUAUUUUCUUGGAUUCCUGUUUCUUGAGAGGUAUGUACCGAGGGCAACUUAUGACGGCCAUGGGAAUUGAUCCAAACAACGGUUGGUGGCCAAUUGCGUGGGCGGUGAUUGAGGCUGAGAGCUAUGAUCAGUGGAAAUGGUUCCUCGGCUACCUAGCAGAGGACCUUCACAUACAUGAGAAUGCCCCAAGAUUUGUCUUCAUGUCUGAUCAGCAAAAGGGUCUUGCAAAAGCCAUCGUCGAGGAUUUCCAACAGAGCGAGCAUCGCUUAUGUGUUCAGCACAUCUACAUCAACUUCAAGAAGAGAUUCAUCGGGGAGAAUUUUAAGGAAAUACUGUGGGAGCUUACAUCGAGUACAACCCACGAACAGUACGUGGAGAGGAUGGAUGCGUUGCGGAUUAUAUAUCCCCAAGCGCAUCAAUACCUACUCGGUGUUGAUCCAAAAAAAAUGGGUGAAGGCAUAUUUCUCUUCACAUGUUUGCUAUGA